AGAGAGAGAGAAAAACGCUAAAUACACUAUAAUUAAGCUUUUAUUUGAGUAACAAAUAAAUAAAUCAAUUGAUUAACACAAUGCAUAAUAUUGUGCGGAGACAACAAUCGCGUAGUGAACUCCCAAUCGGCGAAAAAUUGGAGUUAAGGGAACUGAAGGGGCGGUUGGUUAUGGAAAACGGCAGACCUAUGAGUUAUGGCACCACUAAUGUCGCCUUUGAAGACGAUGACGAUAGCACUAGCAUUGACAGCAAUAUAACUCCUUCAAAAAUAAUGACUGCAGAUAUGGCAGUGGCCGACGAUAAGGGACACUUCUUGGCCGAUCCUGAAGACGGCCGGGAGUCGUGGGACAGCAAACUGCAGUUUAUGUUGGCCACCAUCGGAUACGCGGUCGGACUCGGAAAUGUCUGGCGAUUCCCAUAUUUGGCCCAAAAGAAUGGCGGAGGUGCAUUCCUCAUACCAUACUUUAUAAUGCUAGCCGUAGAAGGAAUUCCCGUAUUUUACUUGGAGUUAGCCAUUGGCCAGAGAUUACGUAAGGGUGCUAUCGGUGCCUGGAAUUUGAUAUCAGUCUAUGCGGGCGGCAUAGGUCUGGCCAGUGCUGUCGUCUCAUUCAAUGUGGCCCUAUAUUACAACACAAUCAUCGCUUGGUGUAUAUUUUAUUUUUACCACAGCUUCAAAAUGCCGUUACCGUGGACUGACUGUCCACCACUCAAAUUAAACAACGACUCAUUUGUAAAGCAACCAGAAUGUGAAAAAAGCAGUCCGACUCAAUAUUUCUGGUACCGGACAACUUUGGACAUCUCAUCGGACAUUAACGAACCGGAAAGUUUCAACAUAAGUAUCGCUAUCUGCCUAAUGAUCUCCUGGUGCUUAUGUUACUGUUGUAUGAUUAAAGGGAUCGCCUCAUCUGGAAAAGUCGUGUACAUCACUGCCACCUUUCCUUAUUUGGUUCUCAUUAUCUUUUUCUUCCGCGGCAUUACUCUCGAUGGUAUGGGAGACGGUAUUAAACAUCUAUUUACUCCUGACUGGUCAAAGCUAUCUGAUCCGGUUGUCUGGUUGGAAGCGGGAACUCAAAUCUUUUUCUCGCUGGGACUGGGCUUCGGCGGUCUAAUAGCGUUUGCCUCCUAUAAUCCGGUUCACAACAACUGCUAUCGUGACGCCAUAUUUGUGGCGCUUACUAAUUGUGGUACCUCUAUGUUCGCCGGAAUCGUUGUCUUCUCAGUGAUGGGAUUCAAAGCUAAUCAUAUUCACAAACAAUGUUUAGAAGAAAGAGAUAGACUAAUAAUGGCAAAUGAUUUAUCUGUGAAUUCAUUAUAUAAUGUGACAACACUUCAACCCAUUAUUCCUGAAUGCGAUUUACAAAAGGAAUUGGAUAAGGGAGCCUCGGGCACAGGUCUGGCGUUUAUAGUAUUCACUGACGCUAUCAAUCAAUUUCCUGGUAUUUCUGCCUUUUGGUCGCUUCUCUUCUUUUCAAUGCUUUUCACAUUAGGAAUUGACUCCCAAUUCGGUACAUUGGAGGGAGCGGUCACAUCCAUAGUCGAUCUCAAACUCUUCCCAAACCUGCGAAAGGAGAUCCUCACAGGUGCCAUAUGUUUGAUAUCAUUUUUUAUUUCACUUAUUUUUUGUAACGGCUCUGGAAAUUAUAUUUUCACACUUUUCGAUGACUUUGCCGGCAAUUUCCCGUUACUUAUCGUCGCUUUCUGCGAAUGUAUUGCCGUCUCCUAUGUUUAUGGACUUAAAAAAUUUAGUGAUGAAAUUGAGUUAAUGACCGGCCGUCGAGUCAGUCAUUGGUACUUAUUUUGUUGGCGAUAUUUAUCGCCACUAGUAAUGGCCACAAUAUUGAUCGCCAGUUUCAUAAAGCUAUCGAAAGGUAGUGGUUAUGAUGCCUGGAAUCCACUUACGGCAAUGACAGAGCAUAAGGAGUGGCCGCCGUGGGCUACAGUACUCAUAUUUGUAUUGAUACUGAUGUCGGUAUUAUGGAUACCGGGAAUCGCAAUACUUCGUGUACUUGGAGUGCAUGUAUUGCCCGAUGAGGAGGCGUCUUGGUUUCCGGCAGAAGAACUCAGAAAGUUUCAUAAAAUCAUUCCCAGAAAAGUGACGCCUUUUGAACGAUUCUUCUUCAAUAUGAAAGACGAAGAGCCCAGCGAUGAUGUCUGAUCUACAAAAA